UCUUUGGAAAAGCAGAAGGAAAAGACAAAGGUGAAAGUAGCAGAAAAUAUGUUUCAAAGCAGAAAAGGUCCCACUGAGCAGGGAGAGGAAAAAGCAGUGGAAUCUGGCCUAUUACACUUUGCUGGGUCUAAAUGCAGUGUGCUUUGUUCUUUUCCCUCUAGCACAAUGGCUGCAUUCCCUGUCUUGGAGCAAGAAACGUUAUUCCGGAACGGUACCUGGAGCUAUCGAAUCCCAGCCCUGCUCUACCUGCCACGGUUCAGCAUGAUCCUGGCCUUUGCUGAGGAGCGAGAGGACCUGGUGGAUGAACAUGCCAAGCUGAUAGCCAUGCGCAGAGGCAUGUAUGACCCCACCACACAGCACGUUCAGUGGAAAAGGAUGGAAACUCUUGUCAGUGCACAGCUGGAAGGCCACCGAUCUAUGAACCCCUGCCCGGUAUAUGAUGAGGUCUCAGGAAAACUCAUCUUGUUCUUCAUAGCUGUCCCAGGAAAGAUCUCUGAGCAGCAUCAGCUGAGGACAAAGAUUAACCUGGUACGUCUCUGCUAUAUCACUAGCAUGGACCAAGGACGCACCUGGAGCACUGCCCAGGAUGUCACUGACAGGACCAUUAGGAAUGAAUACAAGAACUGGGCCACGUUUGCGGUGGGGCCGGGUCAUGGCUUACAAUUGCUCAACGAGGCCCGGAGCCUUGUGAUUCCUGCCUAUGCCUAUCGUAUCUUGGAUCCAAAGCAACACCCCACCCCUCAUGCCUUCUGCUUCAUUAGCUCUGACCAUGGGACAACAUGGGAGAAGGGGAACUUUGUGGGGGAGGAGAGCGCGGUGGAGUGCCAGGUAGCAGAGGUACAUACCUGUGGCAGAAAGGUCCUUUACUGCAAUGCAAGGAGCAACAGAGGAGCCAGGAUCCAGGCUGUCAGCUACAACCAUGGGCUGGAUUUCAAGGGAGGCCAGCGGGUUGAAAUGCUAGUAGAACCUCCCUCUGGAUGCCAUGGAAGUGUUACUGCCUUUCCACCUCCCCCUGAUGCCACAUGUCAAGAUAGUUGGUUACUCUACGUUCAUCCUACAGACCCAAGGGGUCGAAAAGAUUUAGGAAUUUACCUCAACAAAAGCCCUUUAAAUCCAGCGCACUGGACAAAACCCAGCAUACUCUUUAAGGGCCUGUGUGCUUAUUCGGAUCUGCAGUACAUGGGUGUUGGGCCUGAUGGCUCACCUUUGUUCUCCUGCCUCUUUGAAUAUGGGACCCACAGACAAUGUGAAGAGAUUAUUUUUGUCAUGUUCACCUUGAAGCAAGCCUUUCCCUCAGAACACUGA